AUGACCAACAAUCAUACCAUUCAUUUGUGGCUUCGUGAUGAAGUCAAACCAUUUGAACAACGUACUCCACUCACACCUCUCGAUGCACAAUAUUUAAUUCAACAACAUGGUUUUAAAAUUAGUGUCGAGAGAUCACAAACGAGAGCCUUCUCAGAUUCUGAAUAUGAACAAGUAGGAUGUGAAUUGGUUCCUUCUCAUUCAUGGAUACUUCCAUUGUUACAACAAGAACAGCAACAACAACAUCAGGAAUAUCAGGAACAUCAGGAACAUCAACAACAACAACAACAAGACACUACCUCCAACAACAAUUUCUACAUUUUAGGUCUCAAAGAAUUACCCCUUCCAAACACCACAGUUCAAUCAUCAAAUGGAUUAACCAUUCAAGUACCGCAAUAUUUAACAGGUCAACGUCAUAUCUUUUUUGCUCAUUGUUAUAAGAGACAAUCCGAUUGGAAAGACACCAUGUCUCGUUUCUCAACUCAUCCUUCUUCUGAAAUACUUGAUUUGGAAUUUCUUAAUUUGGAUAAUGGUCGUAGAGUAGCUGCAUUUGGAUAUGCUGCUGGAUUCAAUGGAAUGGCAAUGGGUUUAAUUACUUAUUGUAAACAAAUUCUUUCAAAUAAUAAUUUUGAAGAAUUGAAUCAACAAGUUCAACCAUUCAAAAAUAGAAAUGAAUUAAUUCAAUAUAUUAAGAAUUUACUUUCACAAAUUGAUCACAUUCCUAAAGUACUUGUAUUAGGUGCAUUGGGUCGAUGUGGUAGUGGAAGUGUCAAGUGUGCAGAAUUGUGUGGAAUUCCAUCUUCACAUUUAAUUCAAUGGGAUUUGAAAGAGACAAGUCGUGGAGGACCUUUCGAUGAAUUGAGUACAGAUAUUGACAUUUUGGUCAAUGAUAUUUAUUUGAGUGGUAAAAUUGAACCAUUCCUUACAAUGGAAAUGGUACAACGUUCUACUCGUCGAUUGAGUGUACUUGUUGAUGUAUCGUGUGAUGUCACCAAUCCAUACAAUCCAUUUCCAAUUAAUUCUCAAGUGACUACAUUUGAUGCACCUGUGAGACGUGUGAUUUGCGUGGAUGAGAAUCUAGAUACAAGAAAACCUCUCGAUGUGAUUGCCAUUGAUCAUUUACCAACCAUGACACCUCAAGAGAGUUCAGAAGAAUUCUCAAAUGCAUUGGUCAAGUAUUUGGCUGAAUUGAAGAAGGUGAAUUUUUCAGUCAUGAGUAGUAGUAGUAGUGAUCUGAGCAGUAAUGGAGAAGAAGAAACCUCAGAGGGUGUUCGUGUAUGGUUACGUGCUCAUGAAUUGUUUUUGAAAAAGUUAGAAGAAUAUAAAAGUGAGCAAUAA